GGCACCGUCACGCUUCGCGUCAGCUGGUAAUGCCGGAAGUACUGCGCGCUGGAGCCGAAUUCUCUUUGCCUGUAUGUUUAAUAGUGAACUACAAUCAUGGCAGCAGUCAGCAAUGAGUCCCACCAUCCUGUGGAUCCUGGAAGUUCGAAGCUGCAGUUUGCCCCCUUCAGUAGUGCCUUGAACGUAGGAUUCUGGCAUGAACUAACCCAGAAGAAGCUCAAUGAGUACCGAUUAGAUGAGACUCCAAAGGUUAUCAAAGGGUACUACUACAAUGGCGAUCCAUCAGGUUUCCCAGCUCGUUUGACGUUGGAAUUUAGUGCCUUUGACAUGAAUGCUGCAAUACCAGCACGUUGCUGUCCUGCUUUUGGAACAUUGUAUAAUACCAACACCUUCGAGGCUUUCAAGUCCUGUGAUAAAAAAUCACUUUUGGAAAAAGAAGCAAAUGAGAUAUGGGAAUCAAUAAAAUCUGGAGCUGCACUUGAAAACCCUCUGCUCUUGAACAGGUUCCUGCUGUUGACAUUCGCAGAUCUGAAAAAAUAUCAUUUCUAUUACUGGUUUUGCUACCCUGCUCUCUGCUUCCCUGAUGGAAUACAUAUAGUUCAGAAACCAGUGUGUCUUGGUGACCGGUUCUCUUUAAAUCAGAUUCAAGCUCUUCAGAAAGCGUAUGAUGAACUUUGCCAGUCAGAAGGGGUUACAGCCUUUCCUUAUUUUUUAAUCAAGUAUCAUGACAAUUCAGUGGCUGUAUCUCCGCUCAAAAAAUGGGAUGGUUUCUUUCAAGACCAAGAGGGAAAGGUGACAGUUGGAGUUUAUGAUCCGUGUAAUUUAUCUCACUAUCCAGGAUGGCCACUGCGAAAUUUCCUGAUCUUGGCAUCACAUAAAUGGGGCAAUAUUCUCCAGUCAAUUGAAGUGCUCUGCUUCAGAGACAGGACCAUGCAAGGGGUGAGAGACAUAACACACAGCAUUAUCUUUGAAAUAAAACUUCCACAAGGAGCAUUUGGCCCAGAUUGUCCAAAAGCUGUUGGAUGGGAGAAAAACCAGAAGGGAGGCAUGGGCCCAAGGGUGGUCAAUCUCAGUGAGUGUAUGGAUCCAAAAAGGUUAGCAGAAUCAUCGGUGGAUCUUAAUUUGAAAUUGAUGUGCUGGCGGUUGGUCCCUACUCUUGAUUUGGAAAAAAUUGUGUCUGCCAAGUGUCUACUGCUAGGAGCUGGUACACUGGGUUGUAGUGUGGCAAGGACUUUGAUGGGUUGGGGAGUCAGGAAGAUUACGUUUGUUGACAACGCAAGGAUUUCAUACUCCAACCCAGUGCGACAGCCGCUGUAUGAAUUUGAAGACUGUCUCAGUGGUGGGAAGCCUAAGGCACUUGCAGCUGCAGAAAGACUUCAGAAAAUCUUCCCAGGAGUGAAUUCAGAAGGCUAUAACAUGAGCAUCCCUAUGCCAGGCCAUCCAGUGAAUUUUUCAGAAGUAACAAUGGCACAGGCUCGGAAGGAUGUGGCUACACUUGAAGAGCUUAUUGAUGCUCAUGAUGUUGUUUUCCUACUAAUGGACACUAGAGAGAGUCGAUGGCUUCCUGCUGUUAUUGCAGCCAGCAAGAGGAAGCUGGUCAUCAAUGCUGCCCUGGGGUUUGACACGUUUGUCGUUAUGAGACAUGGACUGAAGAAACCCAAACAGCAAGAAACUGGCAAUGCAUGUUUCAGCACUGCCCCUGGUCCUUCUGACCUUUUGGGCUCGUCGCUCUUUUCAAAUAUCCCUGGCUACAAGCUGGGCUGCUAUUUCUGCAAUGAUGUCGUGGCACCAGGGGAUUCCACCAGGGAUCGAACACUGGAUCAGCAGUGUACGGUCAGUCGACCUGGAUUAGCCAUGAUAGCCGGAGCUCUUGCAGUGGAAUUAAUGGUUUCUGUUUUACAGCAUCCAGAAGGUGGUUAUGCUGUGGCCAGCAGUAGUGAUGAUAGAAUGAAUGAGCCACCUACUUCUCUUGGGCUUGUUCCUCAUCAGAUCCGUGGUUUUUUAUCAAGAUUUGAUAAUGUUCUUCCAGUCAGUUUGGCAUUUGAUAAGUGCACAGCCUGUUCCCCCAAAGUCCUCGACCAAUAUGAACGUGAAGGAUUUAAUUUCCUAGCUAAAGUUUUUAAUUCCUCGCAUUCCUUCUUGGAAGACUUGACAGGUCUAACUUUAUUACAUCAAGAGACGCAGGCUGCUGAGAUCUGGGACAUGAGUGAUGAUGAAACAGUCUGAAAAUCAGCUGAAUAAGGUGGAAGAUGACCUACUUUGAACUGCAUUGCUGCCUUUUAUCUGUUAUUCGACAAGUUAAUGAUUGCUUACCCAUGACUACAAUGAAUAUGAACAAUUGUAAACCACAUACUGACAUGAAUAUCUUCACUGUGAAAGCAGUCUUUUCUGGAUAUAACUCUCCGUAUUUUCAUUUUUAUUAUGUAAAUAACCAAAAUAAUGUGGUUAUGUUGAAAUCUUAUUCCUUUUUUUUUUUUUUCCCCAUUUUCUAAAUAAGACAUAUAUAAAAUUUGCUGCUUAAGUAAACUUUGGUAUCUCAUUUGUUCCAUUUUUUUAUUUUGCUUCGCAGCAGACAUGUCUAAGUAGCUUGUCUAAAUGGUUUUUUCUUCAUCUUUCCAACACUUGUUCACCUUUAAUUAGAGUUCAUUAUUAAGAUUGAGAAUAUUCUCCUGUUGAGAAAUAAACUGCAUCUUUAUGGGAGAGCAGGAGUAGGUUAAAAACCUACACUUGCAGUGUAUAUCACAUUGCUUUCUAUUUCAAAGUAAAUAUUUGUAGUACAGUUGAUUCCCUUUAUUAUAGUAUGAUUGUUCUUACCUGUGCCAAAAGAGAAAUUAUUCUCUCUUAUAAUUUCAUUCUAUGGAAGAAAUGUGGUUUGACUUAUAUUUACACAGGAAGGACCAAAAUGGAUCUGUAUCAUACUUAAUGCUCUGCUGAAGUUCAAUGUUCUGCUAUGUAGUAAAAAUUGCUUAGAGGAUGAAUCAUUGAUUCAUUAAAAACUUGUAGUUAAAUGUAUUACUAAAAUAAGAAGUUGAUUUUCUAACUCUGCCAUUCCUGGUUGCUGUUGUAUACUACUUUACAGGUGUUAAACACUGAUUCUGAUUUUUAUUUUGACUGGAGUUUAAGUAUUUCAAUUUCUGCAGCAUCAGGAAUGGCUUCAGAUGUUAUGGCUGAGACUGUGAGAAUCUUUGAUGGGUUCUCAAGGAUUUGUAAAAAUGGAUUUGUAAAAUAUCAAAGUUACCUUAUUACAGAACUGAAAGCAAAUCUAUUGUUUUUUAUCUUGCAAUAGGAUUUGGAAGUGUAAUUGAAAUUCAUUUUAAGGCUUUAUAUUGUGGAGACUAUGGACUAACUUGCUCAGAAAAGAAGGGAGAAUCGCUUUUUGUGGCAGUCUUUAUUUCUGUUAUACAUUAUGAAAAUGAGUUGACCAACUGGUCAAUCCAAUUAAUUUAGCUUGGUUUACUUCCUUUAACAUAAGCUCUGAAUAUCCGGUGCAGAUAAUUUCACAGUUUCUCUCUUAGGCCACAUCAGAGUAUGUUCUGUCAGAUCAAAUUCACCUUAAAAGAAAGGAUAUCUGCAGGUCCUAUACUCCCAUCAUAAAAGAAGACUCACUGAAACAUGUUGAGGUUAGCAUUAGUUGUUAAGCUUUAAUGGCCUGUUUAGCUAACUUCAUUGUAGUAUAUAUAUCUGAAUUAAAUAUAUUUUUUUAUAGGAAACUGAUCUUUUGGUGGUCAGGUAAUGAUCAAUAACAUCGAUAACACGUGAUAAACAUUUUUAAGUAGUUUAUUAACAUGCAGAAUUACCUAUGAGCUGUAUGAUUUGCAUUCUGUAGUUCUUUUGGCAUUGUGUAUUGGUACUGGGUAGUUUGAAGGGAAAGACCUGCAUUUUUAUCUUUUGGAACUGCUGAGUGUAAAACUCUUCUGCAGUCUUUGAUUAUCUGAAAAUGUAAAACUAGACAUCUUUCUAAAAAUCUGAUGAACAGUAAUAGUUACUUUAAAUAUCUUGAUUUUAAUUACCUGUUAAAGUAACUUUCAGUUUAAAGAUGCAGUGUAUCUAUUUAAUUGCAGCUGUAUGCAAGAUCUAAAGGUUGCAAUUCAGGGUUAAUAUGGUGUUUCCUUACCUCUCUAAUUUCAGUAGCAUACAGUUCUGAGGCUGAGCUGCUUGCUGUACAUAUGCUUCCCAGAUGUCCCUGAUGUUCUGAAGCUCUUCAGUGUGUCAGAAUAACUUCCGUUGUCUCACUUUAAUGUUUUUUCUUCCUCCUUGUGGAACAAAAUGGUCCUUAUUCUGCAAUUUCUAGGCAUUAAUUGAGUAAGAAAUCAGAAGAAUACAUAGAAAUGAAGUGCUAUUAACAUUUCCAUUACUGUUCAAAUUCAAAUACCAUUAUGAGAUAAGCACAUUUAUUUACUGGCCUGUAGGUACUUAAUGGAAGGCUUUUGGCACUACCCUUUCAACUGCAGAUAUUGGUGUUUAAUGGAAGUUAAACUUCGACCUUUCUUCACUUGUUUUCAGUCUGGUGUUAAAUCCUCUUUAUCAAUGUUAUAGCCUAUCAAUCUGGAAUAAAUUUCACUUAAGGCAUGCCCUUUGUAUUAGAUGUAAAUUGAUAGUAAGAUUUUACCCAGUAUGUGGUUUGGCCAAUGUGAGAAUCUGCUCCAUGGAACAUGGGAUAGGUUUGAUUCUGAAGCCUUCAGCAUUGGGUUCUAAAAGGGAGAAAGGGCACAAGUGUGUAAAUGACACUUAGACCCAUGCAGAAAGAUUCAUGAUGACCUAGAUCAUUUGGUAUAGAAAUUCACCAAGGAUUUUUAUUACUCAAAAGCUGAUUACUCCGAAGAAAUAAAAGAGGAUUCUGCUUCAGUAGAGAUCAACAGCAUGAAGUGUAGUCUUGUACAUCAAAUGGAAUUCUAGUAAUUGCUGCAGCCCUUAUAGCCAUUGAGCUUCAGUCUGGAAAAAAUGUUCCUUCCUUGUGCUCUGUAUGGGUUUGGUAUUGCGUCCUCAGGGAACUCCAGUGAGAUGGACGGAAAUUUUUUUACCAGCAGUACUAUUGUUCUACUGCCUGUAUAAUGUUCUCUUGUUUGGCUACUUACCUUAAAUACAUACAGUAAAAGUCAUAGCAAAGUUGAAUUUUUUUCAAUGUAUGAGUGAUUUCUUUUA